AUGUCAUUUGACCUAACGGCACCAUUUCAAGCAGAAUUUCGUACACGCGAUCAAAUCGAACACCGCCACAAAGUUCAUCCUGUUCAGAUUUUCGCUCCUCUUUCUUCUCAACCGAAUCGUUACAAAUUUUUGGAAAAUUCACUGACUUCAACAGAAAUUAAUGGAACUUUACCACUUUUAAAUACAAAUUUCGACAUUGUAAUAAUUAGCAUAGCAGGGGCAUUUCGGAAAGGAAAAAGUUUCUUGCUGAAUGUAUUUCUCGAUUAUCUUUACAGUCUUCAAAAAUCUCAACAGAAUAACAAAAGUUUGGAAUGGCUUUUGGAUGAUUCACAACUGCAAGGUUUCCAUUGGAAACCAGGGGUGAAACGUGAUACUACAGGAAUAUGGAUCUGGGGUGAACCAAUAAUGAUUGAAGCAGGAGAUGGCGAAACGUAUGCUGUUGUGUUGAUGGAUACUCAAGGAACGACCGAUAGUUUAACCUCACCAUAUCAAAUGUCGAAUACUGUGCUAGCACUCUCAACUCUUCUUAGUUCGGUCCAAAUUUACAAUAUAUUUGAAGCAAUACAUGAGGAUUCUUUAGCAAAUUUAUCACUUCUCAUUGAGUACGGAAGAUUGAUAAUGAAUGAACCAAUAUACUCCAAACCACCACUUCAGACAAUUGCAUUUGUUGUUCGAGAUUUUAAACCACUUUCUGACGAAUGCUCGUAUGGAUAUGAAGGUGGUAUGGACUAUUUGAAAGGAGCUUUGGAAACAUUAUCUCAUCAGUCAAAUAGGUUGAAGAUUAUUGAAGAGAACAUCUGGAACUGCUUUGAACAAACAUUAUGUUUUUUAUUACCUCAUCCUGGUCAUCGUGUAGCAGAUCGUGAAUCUUUCAGAGGAUAUGUGAAAGAGAUGAAACCAUUGUUCAAAGAAGAAGUGAAGAAAAUGACAACACACCUACUGAAUCCUCGGGCACUGAAACCAAAAAUUGUUAAUGGAAAAAUGGUGACUUGUAAGAAAAUCAUGGACGUAUUCAGAGAAUUUGCUAAAACACUUGAUAGUUGCAUUAUACCUGAUCCUCAAUUAAUUGUUGAUACAAAUGCUCAGCUGAAUUUUAUGGAGGCAUCAAGUGAAGCAAGAAAUGCGUAUAUCAAAGGAAUGGAUCGAGUUUGCGCUGAAUCAGGAAUGUUACCUGAAAAACGACUACAUGAAGCUCAUAUUAAAUAUGGUAUCAUUGCUCUAAACAUCUUUGAAAAGUAUCCGAAGACCGGAAGUAAUGAAGUUCGUUCUCGGAAUCUCUCAAUGCUGCAACAAGACUUGAAUAGCGAACUGGAAAAAUAUAAACGGUUAAAUAAGGAGAAAAGGGUCACGAGUUGCGCAUCUGGCAUGAUUGCGUGUGGUGACUCUGUACUAUUAGGUAGGUAA